AUGCACAUACCAAAAGUGUUCUCCAAAGUGGCACAUGAAGUUGAAUUGGGUGUUGUUAUCGGAAAGCCAUGCAAAAAUGUAUCCCGCGAAGAAGCUUUGUCAUACGUUGGUGGCUACUGCUUGGCCUUAGAUAUGACUGCUCAGUGUGAAUUGGGUGAAGCACGUAAAAAUGGACAUCCAUGGUCAUUGGGCAAGGGAUUUGACACUUCCACACCAGUAUCACGUUUGCUGAAACCUCAAGAAAUUGUCGACCCCCACAAUUUGGAUUUGUGGCUGAAAGUUAACGACAAACUUGUACAAGAAGGCAACACUGCAGAUCUGAUUUUUAAUGUUGCCGAUUUGAUUUCUUUCUGUUCCAAAUAUAUGACAUUGGAGCCCAAUGAUAUCAUACUAACAGGAACACCCAAAAAUUCGUUACCAGUUAAAGACGGCGAUGUGAUUGAAUGUGGUAUUGGCAAUAUAAUUAAAAUGAAGUUUAACUGCAAAAACGAAUAG